AUGUGGUCUGGGCCUCCUUCACUACUCACUACCACCGUCAACGUCAACGUCAACUUCAUUUCAAACCCGCCACCAAACACUCCCUCUACCACUCCUGUCUCACCCCCUCGUGCAUCCCCGCCUACCCAUGUGCUGCCUGCGCUGUCUCGCGUGCCGUGCCAUGGCUCCCACGACCAUCGCUACCCUCUGAACAUCCCUCUACCACCGUCAGCCGUACCAUCACCACCACCGCAUAAUAUUGCCAACUCUGUAGAUGUAGUUGCGCGUGCCGGCCAUGCCUUUACUCCUCCGCCGCCGCAGCCACCACCUCUCUCGCCCUGCCACCCAC